AUGGGAAAACAUAAAAAACGUACACGCAGCGAAGACAGGAAGGAGGAAACGAAGAAAUUACGGCGUGAAUUGAGAGACCUGAAAGAUUUGGUGAUGCAGUGUCUGGCAGCGAAAUCCAGAGAUGAUGCGUCCAACAGGGACGCCUACGACAGUGAUGACAGUAUCAGCGAAGAAGAUCCCCCAAGCGAUGUGGACAGUCAGGAUAUACGAGAAGAUGUGAGGGACCCAGAAGCGCCACAGACCCCUGAGACAGGGGCUAAAAAUGGAUCACCAGACCGGCCUGGAGACACAGGCAGCGCGCCAGAAACAACUUCUCAGGCUGCACCGGCUCAGCAGGAGGAUACAACAACUGGGACCAAAACUUCCACGGAAUCCGUUAGUCAGAAGAAUAAAGAGCCCGAAGGAGCCCCAAGCCUAAAUGAAGAAGUUAUAAAAAUAAUUGGCAAACCGCCGGAAACGGAGGAAGCUUGUCAAAAAAUUCAUCCGGACGUCUCAGUCCGGUGGAAUGCGUGGCUGAAAUCCGGACUAAAGAAAGAAGAAAAGGACGAACUGUUGAAAAAUUAUCCUCGAGGAGGAUCCUGUCUCUUAGAAGCGCCAAUCCUGAACCCGGAAAUAGCAUCCACCUUAAACGAAUCGGCGCCGAAGCGAGACAAGUAUUUCUGUGCUACCCAGAAACUAGCAGGAUCCAGCCUUUCAGCCCUGGCGCCGGCUAUUACCCUGCUCUUGGAGAAUGAAACAGUUGACUCGAAGACAAUUCUGACUAACAUCUGGGAUGCAGCAAAAAUUCUGGCAGAGCUUCAUCAUUCACAAUCCGUAGCUCGCCGAGCGUACAUUUUACCAAGUCUCACAAAACAGGUAGCGUCCUCGCUAGAGGAAAGGACGAGACUUAAAAAUCCAAAGUGCGAAGAAACCUGUCCCAGCCAGUUCGGGAAACUGGAGCGGCCCGUCAGCAAUUCGAAGACCGACCACCUUGACGGGCCAGAGAUUCAAAUUUCAGAAGUCGGCAAUAGCCCAGAGGAUACCAUCGAGACAGUCCAACCAGAGCAAAACGAGCCAGAUCCAGAAUCAGGCUUAUCGUCGUCGGCACUCGUACAACAGCAGCAGCACCAGCAGCAGAUCGAGGACUCAUUGAGUGACCAGCAAAUACAGGUAUCCCCUCCGGGAGAAAAAAUCCGGUCUUCCCAAGAAACCUCAGACAUCCAAAAGGAAAUAGACAGACUCCUGUCAAUCGGAGCGAUUGAGAAGUGCUGGGACACGGCUGAUCAGUUUCUAUCCAGCUAUUUUCUGAGAGAGAAACCAGAUGGCUCAAAAAGAUUUAUCCUAAAUCUACAAGAGCUAAACCUUUUCAUUAAUACCGAGCAUUUCAAAUUGGAGGAUCUCAGAUCCGCGUGCAGGUUACUAGAUCGAUACAUGUACAUGGGGUCAGUAGAUAUUAAAGACGCGUACUUUGCAAUACCGAUUCAUAAAAGCAGAAGGAAAUAUCUGAGAUUCAAAUUUCAGGGCCAAGUAUAUGAGUUUACGUGCUUACCUUUCGGUCUCUGUGAGAGCCCGUACGUAUUUACGAAACUCAUGAAACCAGUGAUGUCAUAUCUCAGGCAGAAGGGUUUUUUAUCAGUAAUUUACCUGGAUGACAUUCUAUGCCUAGAAAACUCGAUAAAGGAAUGUGAAAAAUCCCUACAAAGUACUAUUAGCUUACUUGAAAAACUUGGUUUCAUAGCUAACAGGAAAAAAUCAAACCUUUCGCCUAGUCAACACUGUAAAUAUCUCGGGUUCAUAUUAAACUCUAGAGAUAUGCUAGUAGAACUGCCGAGGGAAAAAAGAAACUCUCUUAUUGCACAGGUCGGAUCGCUAAGAAAUAAAAAGACGUGCAAAAUAAGAAAAUUUGCACAAAUAAUAGGUACGCUGGUAGCCAGCUGCCCAGGGGUUGAUUAUGGGAUGUUACACUGUAAGCUGCUAGAAAAAGCAAAACUAGAAGCCCUCGAACAUAGUAGGAUGAAUUAUGAUGCGCGUAUGGACAUUCCAGGCUAUAUAGCAGACGACUUAAAAUGGUGGCAUAACAAAUUACCGACAGCAGUCAGAAAAAUCAGAAAUUUCCAAUUCCAAAUGGAAAUUUUUUCGGACGCGAGUUUGUCGGGUUGGGGCGCUUUCUGCGGCGGCGAGGGAGCCCAUGGAAUAUGGUCUCAAGCCGAAAAAGCUUUGCAUAUCAAUCACUUAGAGAUCAAAGCAGCCUUUUUAGCUCUAAAACUAUUCGCGAAAGACCUGGUUUCCGCGGAGAUCCUACUGAGAAUAGAUAACACGACUGCAAUAGCAUACAUAAAUAAAUUAGGCGGGACAAGGUCCGAAGAUCUGCAUGACUUAGCGAGAAAAUUAUGGGACUGGUGCGAACAGAGGGACCUCUGGGUACACGCAUCCUACAUCGCAUCAAAAGACAAUGUUGAAGCAGACUCGUUAUCACGACUAUCAAACCGAGAUACGGAAUGGCAACUAGCAAAUUACGCAUUCAAAAGCGUAACUCGAAAAUUCGGUGUCCCUGAAAUCGACUUAUUCGCAUCCAACGAAAAUAAAAAGUGUGCUAUCUACUGUUCAUGGGACAGAGAUCCAAAAGCUCUCGCGAUAGACGCCUUUACAGUUAACUGGAACCCAUGGUUCUUUUACGCGUUCCCACCGUUCGCGACAAUCGCCAAAGCAAUUCAAAAAAUUAAAUCCGACAAGGCAGUAGGAAUCCUCAUAGUGCCUUUUUGGCCCAGCCAGAACUGGUUCCCAGCCUUCAAAAAGAUGGUAGUAGGCGAUUGGAUGACAUUUAAACCUAACAAUAAACUAUUAUUUUCUUCCAGCGGCACGGCACAUCCACUGAACAAAAACCUUACCCUGGUGGCCGCGAAAUUAUCCGGCAGGCGCUGUUAA